CUGCAUUCCUGGCGAGCAGCGACUACAUCACAGGGAGACCUGACCUGCGCCUCUAAGCAGCGUGAGAUUCCCUCUCUCCAGCAUUACUGUCGCGAGCAGUCACCUAAACCAGUGUUUCUCCAACUCCCUUCCUUCAUUACCAUCGCUUGACCGUCCCAGCAUGCCUUCCAACCUGGAUCUACAAGGCGGAAAAGCCUUCGGGUUACUCAAAGCACAGCAGAGGGAGAAACUGGAGGAAAUCAAUAAGGAGUUUAUGGAAGACCAGAAGUACAGGGAUGAAGAGGAUUUACCAGAGAAGUUGGAUUCUUUAAAAAAUAAAUAUGCUGAGUUUGACCUGAAUGAUCAGGGGGAGAUCGACAUGAUGGGCUUGAAGCGAAUGAUGGAGAAGUUGGGUGUGCCAAAGACCCAUCUGGAGAUGAAGAAAAUGAUCUCGGAGGUGACGGGAGGUUGCAGCGACACCAUCAACUACAGGGACUUUGUGAAAAUGAUGCUUGGCAAGCGAUCAGCUGUUCUCAAACUGGUUAUGAUGUUUGAAGACAAAGCUAACGGGACCAGCUGUAAACCCGGUGGACCCCCUCCCAAGCGUGACAUCACCAGCCUACCAUAGACCAGUGGAGAUGGAUUUGAUUGACAUCUCUGCAUUCACAAAUCCCGCCCAUUUAACAUUAGGGGCUAGGUUUCUAUAGCCUUACCUAGAAUAUUUUUGGCAAGAUCCAGGGAAAAUCUUAGUUCAUAGACAGACAAAAUUAAGAAAAAAAAAGAAAGAUGUCUAUAUUUGCUGUGAAAGUCAAAGCGUAUAGUAGCUUUUUAUAAGUAAACAAAUGUAUAUAUUUAUAUGAAAAAGGUGUUUUUGAAUCGUGUUUACAAGCACAAAUCCUGUAAGUGGGGGAAGUUGAGUGUGUAACACUGCAAGUGAACCAAGUAAAGUGUACAGGAUGACACAAUUUUAGCUUGUAAGGCAAAUUUUAAGAAUUAAGAUUUUUCAUCUUCCCCAUAAUGUGUGAAUUGUUUCAUUUCAGUACAUUCGUGUUUGCCAUUUGAGUCGCUUGAAGAGUUCUUUAGCUUAUGCUUAACACAGAGUCCUAUAAUGUGACAUCAUAGAUGUUUGUGUGUGAGAGGCUCUUUUAAGAAUCAGUUAGUGCUCAGCCAUGAAAAAAAAAACUUCAUUUAGCUUGAUCUGCUUCUUGAAGCAGGAUUUCCUUUGUAACAUUUUUGUACAGGAAGGCGCAGGGAGUGAAAAUGCUGGGAUGUGAGUGAGGGAGAAGGCAAAAAGGGACGACCGUUCAUUCCUCAGAUUUUCUUUGCUCAUUCUCUGUCCAUUUUUUACUUUCCACGGUCUUCAAACUGUUUCUUUUUAACCUGUUUGUAUGCGUCCAAAUGACUGUAAUAUGUAAAUUUACUGUAUCCUGUAAGCACAUUAAAUGUUAACUUCACGUAUUGUGCAUAUACACUUUGAAUCACAAUUUUAGGGUAUGCUUUUAUAAAUUCUCCUGCUUGAAUUGGAAAUGAUGUUGUAGGAAAGAUCCGCAGCAGGGUUGAUUUUAGUCACUAUAGCCCUCUUUCCAAGUGCCUCACUCAGUUUGAUGUAGCAGAAAUUUUGAGUGAUGAUUGAGUGAAGCAUCUUUGAAACGGAUUUUGUGUGUGUGUGUGUGUGUGUGUGUGCAAUCAUAUGCUUGGAAAUUAUUUUCUGUUUAGUCGUAUUCUGAGACAUUCCAAGAAUGUCGUUGUGUGGUGGAUUCCUUGGAAAUGUUGUCAUGUUUGAACCCAAGCAGACUUACAUGUGCAUCUCUGAUGCAAAUAUUCCAGUAGUGCUUUUGUCCCUUUUUUAUUUUACACUGUCCUUAACUUAACUGUUAAGUUUUCUUUCAAUAAGAUGUGCUACAUAUGGCACAAAUGAUCAAGAGUUUGUUUUUUUUUUGUUCGUUUUUUUGUUUUGUUUAAGAUGAUGAAAUGAAAUCACUCAUCUGUAGCAGGUGUGGCUUUAACUUUCAUUUCAUACUAAAUCCGCAAAAAAAGCAACUUUUAUUUGUUUCUGUCAUGUUUUCUAGGUUUUAUUUCUGUGCCCCUGUUCAAUUUUAUCUCCUUGACAUGGUUUUGGUUUCCUUUUUAAAAUCAUUGAAGUGUGAAUUGAGGUCUGCAUUGCUUUUUAUUAGAAAUGCAUUUUUAAGUUAUUAGAAUUAUGAAUGCUUUUCAGUUCGUGUUAGCAUAUUAAUCAGCAGAGGCAUUUGUAAACUUUUGUUUCUUUAUUUUUUAUUUUUUAUUUUUUUU